GACAAUUCCCCUAUCAUAUCUUCAUUCUCUGCAACCUCUAGAGGGUUUUUUUUUUCAGAGUUUGAGAGCAGAGAAAACAAUGGGUUCAACCCAAAACACUGGUUCCACUCUUAGCUCCGAUGAGGAAGCAAUGUUAAUGGCCAUGCAACUCUCCUUCGGAUCAGCCUUACCCAUGAUCCUCAAGUCGGCUAUAGAGCUCGACCUGCUUGGGAUCAUCGACAAAGCUGGUCCAGGCGCUUUGCUGUCUACGAAAGAAGUUGCUGCCCAGCUCUCCACAACCAACCCUGAUGCGCCUCUCAUGCUAGACCGCAUGUUUCGAGUGCUGUCGAGCUACUCGGUCCUCACUUGCUCCUUGCGCACUCUUCCCGACGGUAAAGUCGAGAGACUCUAUGGUCUUGGCCCCGUCUGCAAAUUCUUUACCAAGAACGAGGAUGGUAGCUCUAUUUCCACCAUAUCUGUCUUAUCUCAGGAUAAGGUUUUUAUGGACAGCUGGUAUCACUUGAAAGAUGCAGUGUUGGAUGGUGGAUCUCCAUUUAAAAGGGCCAAUGGUAUGCCUGUAUUUGAUUACCUCGGCACGGAUCAUAGACUCAACACGAAUUUCAACAAAGGAAUGUUCGAUUUAUCUUGCAUUAACAUGAAAUGGAUUCUUGAGAGAUAUGAUGGCUUUGAGGGACUAAAAACACUGGUUGAUGUUGGGGGUGGUACUGGUGUCGCACUUAACAUGAUUGUCUCCAAGUACCCCAACAUAAAAGGGAUCAACUUCGAUUUGCCUCAUGUUAUCGAGAACGCUCCUACUAUCCCUGGUGUGGAACAUGUUGGUGGAGACAUGUUUGUGAGCGUUCCGAAAGGAGAUGCGAUUUUUAUGAAAGUUAUAUGCCACAGUUUUGACGAUGAAAGCUGCCUGAAAAUUUUCAAGAAGUGCUACGAGGCUUUGCCGGAGAAUGGAAAAGUGAUAGUUGUGGAAAACAUACUUUCGGAUUACCCAGAUUCAGGCCCUAUCACAAAGUUCACCACCUUAUCUGAUGCUUUCAUGCUGGCUUGCAACCUUGGGAAAGAGAGGAGUGAAAAUGAGUUUGAGGCACUGGCAAAGGGUGCUGGAUUUCAAGGCUUUCAAGUCAAAUGUUAUGUUUAUAGCAUCUGUGUUAUGGAGCUUCUCAAAAGAGUUUGAACUUUUGUCUUUGAACUUUAUAAGAAUUCAUCUGAAUAAUUGCAUAGUCGGAUUUCAUAGUUUGAAUCCACUUGUUUAAUAAGCAGUUACAUAUCCAAAAAUUAAAAAAUAAGGGUUUGUUAGUAGUCUAACAGAAGUGAUAAGUAUGAGUGUGUUGCUGAUUAUAACGGAUUUGUAACUAUGACAUACACGUGGCAUUAGCUGUGUGGAUCAGUUGUUAAUUAGUUAGUAGAGUCAUUAGAGCUAGCUGCUCAUAUAGUGUAUAUAAAGUCGUGUAUACUUCAGUAAUAAAGCAUG